GGGCAGCAUACCGUAUUUAAGAUGCUGAGUUUGUAGAGCACUCAGCUUGGGAAGGGACGAUAGGAUACUCAAUUGAGCAGCACUUUUGGAAACUCAAGUUUUGAGAAAGGCUAAGCAAGAGCAAGCAAAGGCAGAAAACAACGGAGUGGUGAGCACAUCAAGAGGGAAAGUGUAAGGCUGGAAUGUGCUGCAGCUUUGCGAACCUCCACUGAGCACACCUAGAUUCCCUCAAAGGAAGAUCUUUUUCAUCCAGGCCCACGAAAGAUGAUGAAAAAGACCUUCUCAGCUGUGACCUGGCUCUGCAUUUUCAUUGUGGCUUUUGUCAGCCACCCCGUGUGGCCACAGAAGCCCCCUAAGCGCAAGACACCCACACAGCUCAAAGUGGCCACCUGCUGUGAGGAGGUGAAGGAGCUCAAGGCCCAGAUGGCCAAUCUAAGCAGUCUGUUGAGUGAAGUGAGCCAGAAGCAGGAGAGGGACUGGGUCAGCGUGGUCAUGCAGGUGAUGGAACUGGAGAGCAACACCAAGCGCAUGGAGUCCCGGCUCACAGAUGCUGAGAGCAAGUACUCCGAAAUGAAUAACCAGAUUGACAUUAUGCAGCUGCAGGCGGCUCAGACUGUCACUCAGACCUCGGCAGAUGCCAUCUAUGACUGCUCGUCUCUCUACCAGAAGAACUAUCGCAUCUCUGGAGUGUAUAAGCUUCCUCCGGAUGACUUCCUGGGCAGCCCUGAGCUGGAGGUGUUCUGUGACAUGGAGACAUCAGGGGGUGGCUGGACCACCAUUCAGAGACGAAAGAGUGGCCUUGUCUCCUUCUACCGGGACUGGAAGCAGUACAAACAGGGCUUUGGCAGCACCCGUGGGGACUUCUGGCUGGGGAAUGAACACAUCCACCGGCUCUCUAGACGGCCAACUCGGCUACGUGUGGAGCUGGAGGACUGGGAGGGCAACAUGCGCUAUGCUGAGUACAGCCACUUUAUUUUGGGCAAUGAACUAAACAGCUAUCGCCUCUUCCUGGGGAACUACAGUGGGAACGUGGGGAAUGAUGCCCUCAUCUAUCAUAACAGCACAGCCUUCAGCACCAAGGACAAGGACAAUGACAACUGCUUAGACAAGUGCGCCCAGCUACGCAAAGGUGGAUACUGGUACAACUGCUGCACAGACUCCAACCUCAAUGGCAUUUACUACCGCCUUGGAGAGCACAACCAGCACCUGGAUGGCAUCACCUGGUAUGGCUGGCAUGGGUCUACCUACUCCCUCAAACGGGUAGAGAUGAAAAUACGCCCAGAAGACUUCAAGCCCUAAAAGGAGGCCUGCUGUGGAGCAGGGCUAGAGAAAUCGGGACAAAUGGAGGCUGGGCAAGGGCAGAGGAGAGGAAGAGAAUACAGAAAGGGGAGGGGCCUAUACUCUCCACUGAGAGAGUAAGUCUCUGAGAAGCACGAUAAAUUAUACAUACCCAGGAUGUUACUGUCAACGGGAUGAGGCUUUUAGACACAAUGGGUCCUGACACACACACUUCUCAGGAGGCGGCCCUGAGGGGGCUCUUUCUGUCAGUGAUCCCUAUCAUGGCAGCAACUUCUCCUUUCUACACGAUUUUCCUGUGAAAUAAUUUUCUCUAUUUACUUUAUGGCCGAGGUUAUGUGAGGGCAGAAAACAAAUCCCUUUGCUAAAAAGAACCAUAUUAUUUUGAUUCUCAAGGAGAGGCCUUGGGGUGGUAGAGAAAGGUGUGAAAGAAGGUGGUGGAGUAGAGAGUUUCUAUUUUUAAAUCCAGUGAAAUUACUUUCAGUCUACACUUUUUUUUUUUAAGACAAAAAUUGUUCUGCUGGAGGUGAACUGACCCAGGCUGGAGUUGCUUGGAGGAAACUUGAGGGCACUGGGCCUUGCAUCUGUCCUUGAAGCACCUCCCCUUCACGGCCUCAGUCAGGGUACAGCACUGGCAGACACACAGUGGGUCUAGCAGUGGCUGGGGAGCUCCAAGUGGAGCUGGGGGAAAGUCGCUUGCGCAUGCUUGCACAAAACUUCUUUAAAAUAUUCAAUAUUUUAGUCAACAUAGAUAUAUUUACUUUUAUUUACUUUAUAAGGAAAGAGCUCAAAGAGCUUCCUUUUUUAUCUUGUCUAUAAAAAAUGGCUGAAGAAGGGAGGUAGAUUACACUAUGGUUAAUAAUUCAUGCUGUACAUAUGCAUUUUGCUUUGUAAGAAAAAUUGUAGUUUGAUUUAUACAUUCAGUUUCUUUUCCUUCUACAAUAAACUCUUUUAAAACUUGUUUUUCAA